CCACCGCCUAAUGGCUCCUGGGUGCUGCCCCCCGAGAGUCGCCCGAGCUUCCUCUCCGUCUCCCCACAGGACUGCCAGUUUGCCCUGGGGGGCAAGGGCCAGAGCCCAGACCUGCAGAUGCUGGCCGUGUACUCCCUGCUGCCCUUUGACAACCAGGAUGGCGGUGUGUGGAAGCAGGGCUUCGAUAUCACCUAUGAGCCCAACGAGUGGGACACUGAGCCCCUGCAGGUGUUUGUGGUGCCGCACUCCCACAACGACCCAGGCUGGAUCAAGACCUUUGACAAGUACUACUAAGACCAGACGCAGCACAUCCUCAACAGCAUGGUGCUGAAGAUGCAGGAGGACCCGCGCCGGCGCUUCAUCUGGUCUGAGAUCUCCUUCUUUUCCAAGUGGUGGGACAACAUCAGCGCCCAGAAGCGGGCCGCCNNNNGCAGGCUGGUUGGCAAUGGGCAGCUGGAGAUGGUGACGGGUGGCUGGGUGAUGCCCGACGAGGCCAAUUCCCACUACUUUGCCAUGAUCGACCAGCUGAUCGAGGGGCACCAGUGGCUGGAGAAGAACAUCGGCGUGACGCCCCGGUCGGGCUGGGCCGUUGACCCCUUUGGGCACAGCUCCACCAUGCCCUACCUGCUGAAGCGCUCCAACCUGACGGGCAUGCUCAUCCAGCGCGUGCACUACGCCAUCAAGAAGCACUUUGCUGCCACCCAGAACCUGGAGUUCAUGUGGAGACAGACGUGGGACCCAGAUGCCAGCACCGACAUCUUCUGCCACAUGAUGCCCUUCUACAGCUAUGACGUGCCGCACACCUGCGGGCCAGACCCCAAGAUCUGCUGCCAGUUUGACUUCAAGCGCCUGCCGGGUGGCCGGAUCAACUGCCCGUGGAAGGUGCCUCCCCGAGCCAUCACCGAUGCCAACGUGGCAGAGCGAGCCCAGCUGCUGCUGGACCAGUACCGCAAGAAGUCCAAGCUGUACCGCAGCAAGGUGCUGCUGGUGCCCCUGGGCGACGAUUUCCGCUACGACAAGCCACAGGAGUGGGAUGCCCAGUUCCUCAACUACCAGCGCAUCUUUGACUUCCUCAACUCCCAGCCCAACCUCCAUGUCCAGGUACAUGCAGGGAGGCUGCUCCACUCUCUCACGAACCUCAAGCGUGUCAUCAUCAAUGCUGCGCAUUACCUCGUGCUGGGGGACAAGGACACCUACCGCCACGACCCUGCUGCACCCUUCCUCAGCACGGACCCCCUCCCAGAGAGAACGGUUGUCAAGCUGGAGGCCUCGCCCCGGUUCCUGGUGGUGUUCAACCCGCUGGAGCAGGAGCGCCUGAGUGUCUUGCCGGUGCUGGUGGACUCCCCGCAUGUGCGUGUGCUCUCCGAGGAGGGGCAGCCCCUGCCUUCCCAGCUCAGUGUGCACUGGGGCUCCGCCACCGACAUGGUGCCCGACGUCUACCAGGUAUGGGGUGCCAUGUCCUCCGUGCGCCUGUACCUGCACGGCCGGGACUCGCCCGUGCGCAGGCAGGAGGCCAUACCCGGGCACGUCUUCCCCGCCACCACUGAUGACUUCUGCCUGGAGAACCAGCACCUGCAGGCCUGCUUUUCGGGACGCUCAGGCCUGCUGCAGAGCAUCCGCCGAGCUGGGGAGGAGCGGGAGCAGAGGGUGAGCAGUGAGUUCCUCGUCUACGGCACCAGGACCUCCAAGGACAAGAGUGGGGCCUAUCUCUUUUUGCCUGACGGCGAGGCCAAGCCCUAUGCCCCCAAGGACCCCCCAGUAGUGCGGGUGACGGAGGGGCCCCUCUUCUCAGAGGUUGCCAGCUACUACCAGCAUGUCCAGAUCACGGUGCGGCUUUACAACGUGCCAGGGGUGGAGGGCCUGUCCCUGGACGUGUCUUGCCUGGUGGACAUCCGUGACCACAUCAACAAGGAGCUGGCCCUGCGCCUCAGCACUGACAUUGAGAGUGACGACACCUUCUUCACGGACCUCAACGGUUUCCAGAUCCAGCCCCGACUGGCAGCCCAUUCCACCACCCUCCCCUGCGACUUUCACAUCCUUAACCUGCGGAUGCUGCAGGCAGAGGACGGCCGCCCGAUCAGCUUCCCCUCCCUGCUGAGCCACAUCACCUCCAUGCACCUGAACGCCGAGGCCCUGGUCAUGCCCGUGGCCCAGAGGAAGCCGGCCCCACCAGCCCUGCGCUCAUUUGUGCCCCUUUCCACCCCCCUCCCCUGCGACUUUCACCCCCUGGGUCCCGGGCAGGAUGACUCGCUCCCCUCGGCUGAGGCAGCCCUGAUCCUGCACCGCAAAGGCUUUGACUGCAGCCUGGAAGCCAAGAACCUGGGGUUUAACUGCACCACCAGCCAGGGCAAGCUGGCCCUGGGCAGCCUCUUCCAGGGGCUGGGGCUGGCCCCGCGCCUGCGCUGGGAGGCCCUGUCGGUCCCCGGGCAGGACUCGCUCACCUUCUCUCCUGGCCCUGCCCGCUGUCCCGGGGAAACACUAGGAACUUCAGGUGCUCGAGUAGACCGGGAGCACUUGAAAAGCAUGAAGAGGCCCUAG